CACAGUAGCAAAUAGGUUAUAGAUGUUCGUUUUGUUUGGCUUGUCAAAUUUAGUGAUAUAUACUGUUUAUUUCUAAGUUUUUACUAAUUAUUCUAGUAAUUUAAAUCCAGUUCCAGAUGCUUAAAGUUGUGAUUCAAUUCAUUAAGUCAGUUUCGUUACCUAAACGCCUAAACGUCAGUAUGUAACAGCUUCAAAAUAACCAAUAUGCACCCAGUUUUUGGCUUUAGAAAUCCUGUCAAAAUAUGAAAUUAAAAUUCCGAUGGCUGUUUUUUGUAUUAGUUAUUCUAGUGAUUGUUUAUUUGAUAGUCUAUCGUGAUGUGAGUAAUUUAGCUGAUCGUACUGAGUUCUCCAGUUUGUUCAAGUAUUACCAGACUGCUAAUCAAACUUCAAAACAACUGUUGAAGAAUGGAAACCUCAGUAAAUCUGAUGAUGCCUCCAGUAAAGUGGCUUCCGAAACCAAGGAUAAAAUGGAAUGGAUUCCAUCAGAAAUAGUCGUAGCAGUAGUGGUAUGUGGUGACAGAUUGACAGAAACGUUGGUUAUGCUAAAAUCGGCCAUAUUGUUUUGCUUCUAUUUGAGACACGACUUGCGUAUUGUGAUAUUUACUGAGAACUCACUCUUCCAGAGCUUCAGUGAGAAGCUAGGGGAAUGGCAGAGUCUCACCAACACCUCAUUCCAGUUUGAGUUGCAUGGUUUAUCGUUUCCUGACAAAAAUGGAAACGAAUGGAGGAAGUUAUUCAAGCCUUGUGCAGCGCAGAGGCUAUUCUUACCUACAUUGCUCUCGCAUCUUGAUAAAGUGCUCUACGUAGAUACGGACGUAAUAUUCUUGGCACCUUUGUCGAAAGUGUGGUCGCAUUUCGACAAGAUGAAUUCAACCCAGAUGGCAGCACUUUCUCCCGAACAUGAAGAUCCCAGUAUAGGCUGGUACAAUCGGUUCGCUAGGCAUCCUUACUAUGGCAAAACUGGUGUGAAUUCAGGUGUAAUGUUGAUGCAUUUAGCCAGAAUGCGGAGCUUUGGCUGGUCGAGUUACCUACAACCUAUCUACAAUGAGUUCAAGCUAAAACUUACCUGGGGUGAUCAGGAUAUUAUCAACGUUCUAUUCCAUUUUCAUCCAG